AUGCCACUUACAAAUUUAUACUGUGAACAGAAAAAAAGAUACAGCCCGGUGAAACAUAAAGAGAAUUUUGAAGAGCAGAAAAGUACAUGUAAAUGUCAAACAGCUGUAUGUCAUUGUACAAUAUUCAGCUCUGUUUUGCCCAGCCAUAUAUAUACACUUGAAAAACUUCUUUUUUAUAUUUUGUAUCUUCACAGUGAAGAAUCUGUUUGCAUUCCAGAAUGUAAUCGAUCUGAGUCAAGUAGAGAUGAGAAAGAGGUUCCUGUUAAAGAGGAUGCCCUAACAGGCAAAAAGACUGGAAACUGUGUCAGUCUAAUAGUGCCACAGCAAGACUGUCAGCUGCAAGACCUACUCAAACACUCUAAUGGGAAAUCAGUUUCCUGGGCCCAGAAUGAGAAAAGCAGCAGAGGGGCGCACCUUUGGCAGCGGUUGUCAAUCCACAUCAACAAAAAAGAGAACCCCAAUCAAACUGCAGUGAUCAAGCCUUUUUCUAAAAGCACAGAUAGUAGCCGACAUAGUAGCAGCGCUACAUUUCCUGAGACCAGUGCCAAAACGCUUUACGACGUUUCAGAAGCAGAAGAGCAAUACCCAGCUCAGUACCGACCACAGACUCCCUCGCCUAUCAGCACCGUGAGCCACAGAACUGCCUCCGUUAGCCGAACAGAAGAUGAUGCCCCUACCUUCCAGUCCGAGCCUCCGCAGCGAAGUAGCUCCUCGCAAGGCUCCCUCAUGGAGCAGAUCAGUAGCGUGGUUACUCGUUUUACAGCCAACAUCAGCGAGCUGAACUCUAUGAUGCUUUCAACAGCCACUCCAGGGACAGUGGUGGCCACUCCUCUCUGCUCUUCAUACCUGAUCCCACGAGAAAUCCAGCUCCCCACAACAAUGACCACGUUUGCAGAAAUCCAGCCACUUCCUUCUAUUGAAGUCAAUGGCGCUUCCCAGUCAGCUAGGAAACAAUCAAAUGGCAGCGUCAAAGAAGGCACUGCAGAGACCCCAUCAGCAAAGCAAGACCUUGAGGAGCUGGUAGCUUUAACUCCUCCUUCUCCUUUUAGAGACUCCAUCGAUUCUGGAAGUGCAUCUCCCAGCUCUCCGGUUUCCGAAUCAGCUCUCUGUAUCCCAUCUUCCCCAAAGUACGACACACUCCUCAUCAGAGAUUACACUCAAAGUUCUUCUUCGCUGUGAAUGUAGUUCAAGACAACUUUGGAUCUCGACGACUACAAGCAAGUAGUGGGGGGACAGCCAAGACUUCAAGAUCUCCAGUGUUUACGCAGAUAGAGUGAGAGGCAUUGGGUCAUCUUGUGAGAAACAGAGGAAGAAGUGGAGUUGCUUGAUCAGUGGAAACAUCAGAUUAACGAUGCUGUUCUAAAGACAAAAUGACUCUUGGCAGAUUAUCGUGGCCUUAAAAAAACAUGGGCUUUUCAAAAACACUGAAUCUAUUUUUGAGGGCUUAUAAGGAGUCUGUUAAAUCAGUUACAUACCAAGUGCUUUGCUUUAGUAUUACAACGAACUGUGUGUACAAUAUGU